ACCACCUUCUCCAUCAUUUUUGCCUCUGCUGUUCUCUCCUCUCCUCUCUUCAUCUCUCUCUUAUCUUUCCCUAAAGCAUUAUUAUUCCUAUUGCAAGUGUACAAUAUCGUUUCGCAUCCCUCUGUUGUGUUCUCUCUUCCCUCAAGGUAUUCCGCCAUCCACCCGCCGCCUCCAUCGUGACCGCCCACGGCAUAGAAGAGUCCUUGCCUCCAUUAAUCUCGCAUCAUCGUCGAUCGAAACCCCGAGGAACCGCGAUAUAUAUCCCUGUCUAAUCCGGGGUAUCCGUUCAUUGCCUGAAGAUCUCCCGGAGAUAUUUAUUUAUCUUAUUUCUUCCCCAGGAGACAGGGUACAGCCCGCUUCUUUAGUGUGCCCGACCGACACAAUGCCCGACGACGAGCCGUCUCUGAACAUCCCCUCACUCCUCACACUCGCUGUCGUCUCCUUCUUCGUUAUCCGAUGGUUCUUCAAUCGUGAUGGCGAUGGCAGCGCAUCUGGAUCCCGAGGCCGUGCCCGAGGAAAUGUCGUCGAUCCCGCCCAGGUAGAACAAAUAUCCCAGAUGUUCCCGCAGUUGAGCACACGCGACAUCAUGUGGGACCUACAGCGUAAUGGGGGAAAUGUUGCUGCGACCACGGAGAGGAUCCUUACGGGCCGCGGUUUGGAUACGCCUCCUCCCUCCUUUCAGCCUCUGAUCGCCACCCCCCCGACUGGAGUUCCUGCCCAACCCACUCCUACUUCCAAGUCAGACGGCCAGGACCUAAUCUCGCGGUAUAAUCUUCGGACGAAAAUCGCCGAGGACGGUGGCGAAGAGACUCCCGCCGAGCAGCCGGCUCGUUCAGCGACAAGCGGCUGGUCGCAGAAUAAAGAAGAGCGGCAGCGUCUGCUCCAGAAACGGAGGGAUGAGAUGAUUCUUGCUGCGCGGAGGAAGAUGAUGCAGAAAGAUCGGGAAAGCACUCAAUAACAGUCUCAUCCUAAACCACGUCAUGUUGGGGUGAUGACGUUGUUUUGAUAGUAGUAAACAGGAAAAGAGAACAAAUCGAAUCUUUUUUCUUCUUUCCCGCUUGCUUUGCUCUCUGUGUGUGCACGCUUGUCUUGUCUUCUUGAUCGAAAUCUUCAGUAUGUUUCGCGCUGUGGCUUCGACUACACUUGAACAACUCGUACUGUUGUCGACUGGAUGUAAGAUCUUCUGCGGGCCGAGGUUGUGCGAGUUUGCCCAGCAAGUUGCCUUUUUUUUUUUUUUUUU